AUGGUGAAGAAAAUGGAAGCCAAAUGCUUGGCUACACUCAUCGUUUUCGUGGCUGUUUGUGGUGGUUUUGCGGCAGGUGGUGCAGAUACGGCCUUAGCAAACAAGUGCACGGCGGAAUUCCAAAAAGUGAUGGCGUGCUUGACGUUUGCCACCGGGAAGGUGGCGGCGCCGGGCAGGGAGUGCUGCAAUGCGGUGUCGGAUCUCAAGGAAACUGACCCUGCUUGUCUUUGUUUCACUAUUCUGCAGAUCCAUAAUGGUUCUAAUCCUGCCAUUAAGCAAAUGGGGGUUCAAGAAUCACGCUUGCUUCAGUUGCCGUCUGCUUGCAAUUUGGCCAAUGCUAGCGUCAACGAAUGCCCCAAGCUCCUACACUUACCUGCAAAUUCUUCCGAUGCUGCGAUUUUCACCAACGCUAAUGUUACGACCACCCCUAUUUCCACACCGGGGACAUCAUCACCAACAACGGCCGGGGGCUCAAAUGGAUUCCGGCAUGGACCGCAGCAACUUGCAGGACUUCUGGCUAUAACCAUGACCAUCUUCUUUUAUGCAUUUCCAGCAGGGGUUUAA